CCCCCGGUGCCCCUCCCUUCUCCGAAAUCUAACGGCCGGCGGCCGCGCCGGCCCCUCGCCUCCCCGUCCUUUCGCCGCCUCCUUUUGUUUUCUUUUUGCGUCCCCUCAGCAAGGCGAGGCGACGAGCUCCAAUCGCCUGCAAAUGCGGCGGACCAGGAGCCAGUCCGCGAGCGGAGCGAGAGCGGAACCCUCGCCCUCUGCCGGGCCAGGCGCGGAGGCGGCGACCGGCGUGGCGGGUCGCCGGAGGGCUUCGCCGGCAGCGAAAGGGAAAUCUCCUGCCAAGGUGGAAGCGGGAUCACCACUUGGGAACACACGAAAGAAGGGCAGAGCCAAGGCAGAGACGCAGGAUAAUGCCAGCGUUGAGAGGUGCGGUGCAGGGGGCCUCGAAAAGAACAAUUUGGAGGAACAGGUGGAGGCUGUUUGUGACAAUGAUGCAGCUGACAUGGACUGGGAAGAGGGACAUGUGGAACGCAAUGAGUAUUCUCAUGAGCUUGGAGAGUCCUUCACUGUUGAGUUCAAUGAUGAUGUGCCUUCUUCUACUACCAAGAAGACUGUUCGGAGGGCUACUGCUGAAGAGAAGGAGUUAGCUGAACUUGUGCACAAGGUCCAUUUGCUUUGCCUAAUAGCAAGGGGUAGAGUAGUUGACAAGACUUGCAAUGAUCCUCUUAUUCAGGCUUCGAUUCUCUCUCUUUUACCGAACCAUUUACUAUGGAGUGUUGCUGAUGUUCGAAACCUGAAAGCUGUUAACCUACAAAAUCUUGUGAGCUGGUUCCAUCGUACUUUUUGUGUAACCGCACAAUCUACUCACAGGGGAUCUUUUGUAUCAAAUUUGGGUUUCACUAUUCAAGAUCGUGUAGGCACUGCAGAAGAGCUGUCACACAAAUGGUCUUCUAUGCAGGUUUGUGCACUUUCAGUGGCAUUGUUCAGGGCACUUAACUUAACAGCAAGGUUUGUUACAAAUCUGGAUGUUGCUGGACUCAAACCUGAUACUAAAGUGAUGGGAACACUCAAUCAAGAUGCAUCUAGGCUUUGUACAAGGUCACUACCACAUAGUUCUGCAGCUGCUGAUGGUAAUGUGGUUAGUUCUCCUGCUCUACUGAAAGAUAAUACUCAAGAUAGUGUCAGCAUGAAUCAACGAAGAGGCGGUCUUGGAAAAUCGAAACAGACCUCUGCUUGCAAGAGAAGUUUAUCUAAAACUUUGUCAAGCAUAAAAGCAGAUAAUGAAAGUAGUUGUAUAUCAGCCAGCAGCCAACUUCCAUCCACUUCCGGGAAUGCUGAAGUACCAAAACGGAAAGGGGAUGUGGAAUUCGAGUUGCAACUGGAAAUGGCUCUUUCAGCUACAGCUGCUGAAAACCAAAAUAAUAAUCAAGUUAAUCAUAUGAGCCAAUCAAUUGGUAGCUUACAAGAUUCUGCUCUACCAAAGAAGAAAUUGCGUCAAAAUACAGAAGCUACAUCAAGCUCAAGUGCAGUUUGGUCAAGAAGUGCUGGCGCUCCAUUAUAUUGGGCCGAGGUAUACUGCAGUGGGCAGGCAUCAACAGGAAGAUGGGUGCAUGUUGAUGUUGUGAAUGAUCUCCUUGAUGCUGAACGCAAAGUAGAAGCUUCUUCAGCUGUUUGCAAGAAGCCUUUAAGAUAUGUUGUUGCUUUUGCUGGAAAUGGAGCCAAGGAUGUAACAAGAAGGUAUUGCUUGCAAUGGCACAGAAUUGCACAGGGGAGAGUGAAUCCAGAGUGGUGGGAGAAUGUUUUGGCACCACUAAAGCAGAUGGAGCUGACAGCAACAAACAAUUCUGAAGACAUGGAACUUCAAACCAGAGCCCUAACAGAACCUCUUCCUACCAGUCAACAGGCCUACAAAGACCAUCACCUAUAUGCUCUUGAGAAGUGGCUUCACAAGAACCAAAUUCUUCACCCCAAAGGUCCAGUUCUUGGCUUCUGCAAAGGGCAUCCUGUUUAUCCAAGAUCAUGUGUUCAAACACUGCAAUCAAGACAUGGAUGGUUGAGGGAGGGCCUGCAAAUCCGAGAAAACGAGUUGCCUGCAAAGUUUGUUACACGUCCAAAAAGUACUUUCAAUGCUCAGUCAGUUCAAUCAAGUGCUAACGAAGAUGCUCUUAAGCCAACCUUGGAACUAUAUGGUGAAUGGCAACUGGAACCGCUGCAACUUCCUCAUGCUGUAGAUGGCAUUGUGCCAAAGAAUGAACGAGGCCAAGUUGAUGUGUGGUCAGAGAAGUGCCUUCCACCUGGUACAGUACACUUGAGGUUACCAAGAUUAUUCCAGGUUGCCAAGAGACUUGGCAUUGAUUAUGCUCCUGCCAUGGUUGGAUUUGAUUAUCGAAGUGGUCGGUGCCUUCCAGUUUUCGACGGAAUUGUUGUCUGUACUGAAUUUAAGCAUGCUAUCCUGGAGGCAUAUGCAGAAGGAGAGGAGCAGAGACGAGCUGAGGAGAGGAAGCAGGAGGAAGCUCAAGCGCUCUCCAGAUGGUAUCAGUUGCUCUGCUCCAUUGUAACAAGACAGAGAUUGAAGGACUCCUAUAAAACACCUUCACACGGGCUUGGUCAUGAAGAGGCGCUCGGAAAUGAUAAUAUCCAGAAAAACACUCUCAGCAGUCAACGCUCAGAAAGGAAGCCUAUUUCAAGCAAACUGCAGACAGAUCAUGAACAUGAACAUGUGCACGAGUAUCCGGAGGAAGACCAGAGCUUUGACGAGGAGACGUUUGUGCGGACGAAACGUUGCCCUUGUGGUUUUUCAAUCCAAGUAGAGGAGUUGUAGCUUGAGUACCAGAAAUGGACCAGGUUUGUAACUGUUUGUAACAUAUGGCCCGUUUGAAAGCUGGAACCCAGAACAUUCAGCUAGGUUAACAGCAGUUGUGCUUAAUUUAUCUGAAUGUUGCAGUUACUAUCA